AUGUCCUCCGCAGACGCUUCCGACCCCCCGCCCUCCCAAACCGGCACCGCCGAAGACCGCAAAGCCGCCUCCGCCCUCUCCAACCUCGACGCCCCGUCCUCCGUCGACGAAGCUUCCUCCUCCUCAACGUCCACCCCGGCAAACGUCGACCACGAAGCCGUCUCCAAAGCAAUCUCCUCAAAGCCAGCUGCAACUGGAGCAGCAAGUGCGGCGGCGGCGGCAAAGAAGAGCGUCAAGGUGGACGCCGCUGAUGUUGCCCUGCUCGUCGACCAGUUGGAAGUCAGCAAGGCAAAGGCCACGGAGCUGCUCAAGGCCUAUGAUGGCGAUGCUGUUGCUGCGCUGAGGGCUGUGGCGAGGGGUUGA